UGGUACUGUUGAUUGAAAGAGGCGCAGUUUAGCCCCCAAUGCGAUAUGCGCAUGCCCCUCCAAGGCGCAGCAGCCUGAGCGACACGGCUGCUCAGCCCCAAAGAAGACUGUCGCAACUAACACACCGUCCUCGACAUGUCGUCUUGCAGCUCCUAGAAAUCGACCUACCGCCCUUGCGAGCUCGUUGUCGAAUCUCCCAACGCUAGGGACAUUGCGCGCGAUAAGCAGAUGGAGAACCCCUCCGCAGAAUCUCGCUAUGAAGCCUCAGCUGCCAAAGAUGGCUUCUUGACGAUGGGUCGUUGGCAGACUGAUCUGAAGCGCUCUCAACGAACAGCAAUUCCACCUGCGAGCAACACAUCGAUUUCACCUAGAACACAACUGUCGGCGACGUCUCCUGAUGGCCAUGCAUCCUCUAUGGUCGCCACACAACACCACACGCCACGCCCCUUCGAUCGCACUGGUCAGGUCGCACCUCCAGGAACGUCACGCGAAUUCACUACAGUUCUUUGGGAGGAUGAAGGCUGCCUUUGUCAUCAAGUCGAGGCUGCGGGUGUCGUCGUGGCUCGACGCGAAGACAAUCACAUGAUCAAUGGCACCAAGUUACUUAAUGUUGCUGGUAUGACGCGAGGCCGUAGAGACGGUUUGCUGAAGAGUGAGAAAAGCAGACACGUAGUUAAAAUUGGGCCAAUGCACCUGAAAGGCGUUUGGAUUACAUUUGAGCGUGCUCUGGAGUUGGCGAAUCAAGAACAUAUCACGGAUCGGCUGCACCCUUUGUUCGUGCGCGAUAUCGGCUCGCUCAUACAUCAGCCCUCAUAUCAGACGCUUGACAAGCGUUUCGACUCUCAACUCCAACCCCAAAAAGGGGAAAAUGCGACCGGGAGUAGCAAAGCUAGCUUGGUUCAUUCUCAUGUGCCAAAAGAUACCGACAAGGAUUCACAAACGCUCGCGUCGGAUACUGUACAGGAUACCGAACCCCACAAGCAAGGACUUCUUGGAUCACUUUUCAGAUCUCUUACAGAGACGCUGGGACGCAUUCUCAAUGAGGCCGGGAAUGAGCCCAGCAUGGCCGGACACUAUGGCGUCUUAGAGUCAACCUGCGCAACUUUGUUUUUUUGGGGUACCGACCUUGGACUGCCGCGAGGCGAGCUCGACGAUGUGCUUCAGGGCUCUCCUCAGUUGCGCGAUACUUGCCUAGCCGUUCUUGUGUCCAUCUCUCGAUUUGUGAGCACUUCUUUGAUACACCUUGUCAUGAGUGAGCAUCGUCGAAAAGAGAUCUUACAGUCAACCCAUCUCGCGACUCUUCUAGAACAGGUCGCGGACAUGAUUGGUCGACAACAUGAUUUCGCUUAUCAGCCCGAGCAAGACGCGGAGACGAUGUGUCAGACCCUCCGUACGAAAAUUGAUACACUUAUCAUGUUGGCACCCAGCCUGGAAUCACCGGCGGAAGAGAUCUUUGACGAAGAGAAGCCUCGUACUAUCCAACACAUCGAAGAACACUUACCAGAACAAGCGUACGCUAGCAGUAUCUCGGAAAAGUUCCCUCUAGCUCCACCAGAGAUGGUCGCCCAGUUGGGUAAGCUGAAUUGGGAUCGAUACAACCACAUUCUUCGCCUGCAACGGGCAGCAACGCAGCAAGAGCUUCAGACGACCACUCUAGAGAAAGCGAAAACGAUCUUUCAUGACUCCGGCCUCGGUACCUCGGUGCCAGCACAAUCGGAAGUGGGGUUGAACACAGAUCCUGUCUACGAACCGUCGAUAAUGUCCAGCAGGGCUGAAGCAAGUCACAAGCGUGUGCCAUCAUUGCCAGCCCAAGCUCGUUCUGGCGAGCCUUUCACAUGCGAGAUCUGCGAAAAGCAGGUGCAGUUUCAACGAACCAAAGCUUGGAAGAAGCAUGUGUUUGAUGAUAUACUUGCAUACGCUUGCUUCUUCGCCGAAUGCCACGACACUCGUAUCUUUUUCGAAAAUGGCGAGGAGCUGAUGAAUCAUCUGGAAGAUCACCAUGGCAUGGACGUUCGAGUCUCAGAUAUUGCAUGCCCCAUGUGUGUUGAGUUCACUUCCAGAGAUCGCGAUAUCCUAUCACUGCAUAUUGCGCGUCAUAUGGAAGAGAUUGCUCUUGCGAUAUUACCUUCAGGUGUUGAUUCUGACGAAGAGUCAACAGGCGGCUCAAUUGACCGCAGCAAUGCUCGGUCCGACGAAGACGACAUGUCUUCUCCGAAAGCAGGAGGUAGCGACAAUGGAUCGUUUUCGGGUCCAUCAGUCAUAAACAUCAUCACCAGAGAUCCCAAAUUAGCAGGGAUGAUGGACUUCGAGCAGUCGUUGUACAGGUUCGAUCGACAUCAACAAAAUCGAACUGGUGCACAGUGGAUUACAUUCGAGUACUCUCACGAUGGUGUUGCGACAGAAUAUACCAUCCGGCAUGAAAUCGAGACAGUUGACGUUGAGCGUUUACCUCAUGAAUUCAAGAUUGAUAACUGUAUCUUUCCACAUGCACUGGUUCCUAAUGAUCAGUACAAAGGUGGUGAUCUGAAGAACGAGAAGGACUGGAACGCUCUUGGCUGGGCGCUAGCUGAACUUAAUCCGUCCCUCCGAGCCUGUCGGGGGUUGCUUCAAAAAGCAGUACAAGAAGGGAUCGGCCCAUCAAAGCCAGGGGCGUCGCACCCUGGUGGCAUUCAAAAGCAGGGAAACGUGCCAACAUCGUCCGCAGAGAGCUCACGGAGAAAACGAUCUUGUAACGCGUGCAGAAAGACGAAAAGUCGCUGUAUAACACAUGAAGGCGAUAUCAAGUGUGGCUUGUGCAAUCUACACAAGCAGGACUGCACCUUAGUAUCCGAAGAGCCUGAGCCGGGCCCGACAAAACAUUCUCGUUCUGCGUCGCCAGCCACAAGCCCCGUACCAAUGCCGCGGGAGAUUGUGAAGUUCGAUGUCAACGCUUCUUUAGGCUUGCAACUCGAAUUUCACCAGUUCAACGAUGUAUCAGACUGUAACUGAUCAGCGCAGACGCUCACUCAACGAGGCUGCCCGGGUGAUAAUUGGACCUGCAAGCCCAUGUAUCUGGACGAGAGACCAACAUGGACUUCUUCCGAGCACUUCAUAGAGCCCUAUACUUCAUAUCAUCUGGCCGAUCAUCGACACGACAGUCUUGCUGGUGGUCGUGUCGGAUGCCGUCUUUGCAACGUGGCUGACUAUCCCGGAGACGGACAUGAGCUCGCCAAGCAAAUCUUCUCUUAUCACCUACAGCGUUAAGCCU